CGGUCGUACUAUUGUUAACUUUCUUUUUGAGAGAGACAACAACAAAAGUGAAAGAAGGGAAUGUCGUCGUCAAGGGAGCUACAAUACUUGGAGUACACUUACAGAAACAACCGUCCCACGACGGGUCUUCUCAACUCCAUCUUCAUGACCACCGUCAACACCGCCGCUCGUUCUCUCGUUUCCGUCGCCUCCACCGCCUCCACACCAGAUUUGGCUUCUAGGCGGUGGUCGGCUUCGGACCAACUCAGUUUCGCUUCGGGUCUUCUCACCGCGGUGGCGGAGAACGCGUUGGUACCGGUUUCAGCUCCGUCCUCGUCGUCGACGUCAUCAACGGCGUUGGUGAAGUAUUCAGGGUCGGGGAAUUUAAGUAUGAUGAUGGCUGACGGCGUUGAUGCACCUUCCGUCAGCUCUCUCGGUAGAGCACUUUGUCACGUACUAGCGCUGAUGAAUGAGAUUCCAGUAACCUCAAGAAAAUACCAUUUCACCAUGGGAAUGGCGGAGAAGAUCAUGGAAGAGAACGCCCUGAGCUGCAACGCGGAGCUACUCGACGUCAAUAGAACGGCCCUCGCGUCCUCCUUCGCACGCACAACUGCGCGUUUGCAGGACUCCUUGAAACGCUCUCGAACCGCAGAUGAGUCCUUCGGUGGUCUGCCUCUACGUCUGGUUAGCGCCCUCCCAUUAGGAGGCUAUGUUGCCUCCUCUGUGAGAGGGCUGACAACAGCAAUCAACACGGCCAGGUCCUUGGCCGAUAUGGCCGGUAACUUGUUAUCGCAGAGUAAGAGGAGGGAGUCUGCGUUGGUGAGAGCGGGUGGUUCUCAGGAGAAUGAGGUUGAGUUGGCUGUUGAGAAGCUGGCGGAGGAGCUGCUGUGGAUGACAGAGAAACUUAGGCGUUAUGGUGCGAUUGAAGAAGGUAUAAAACGGUGGAGUUAUGCUUCCGGUUUAGCUUCCUUGUCUCUCACGGCUGCUCCUAGGGUUCAAGGCCUUAUGGUCAAGAUUUCUGCGCUCUUAAUUGGAGAGUUAGCACGAGACACAACACAGGUUCCAGGACAAGUGAAGUUUAGACUCCUUGCAAACUGGCUACCUCUAUUUAGCCACGCUAGGAACGGGCUAGCGUUUCCCGUGCUGACAGGCUACGAGAGAGUUGAGGUGGAACGAGCCAUAGACAAAGCUAUCUCGACAUUGCCUGCAUUGGAUCAAGAAAUAUUGCUCACAAAUUGGCUCCAAGAUUUCUCAGUAUCAGCCUCCGAGUGGCCCGAUCUCACCCCAGCAUACGACCGUUGGUGUCACUCCAUUCGACAGAUGGCCGUGUAGACGAUGAAUCCUUUAGUCAUUAUGGUCAUGUUACAAAGAGAACAACAAAAAAACAUGGAUGCGUCUCGUAUUAGCUUUUGUGUCCAAACAUUUAUCUUAGUUAAUAAGACUAGUUUUCGUCUAGUCAAAGAUUCA